AUAAAAAUCGGCCUUAAAAACUCACGUAACUUCACCUAUAUACAGCCUUUUGAAUGUAGCGGAGGUGUGGCGCAGAAGUGUUUCAUAAUAUUGCCCUUAACUUCACCUCUUCUCCCGCCGCAGUUUGCUCACCUGACUCCAGGCAAAAAGUACACGUUAGAAGGGAAGGAGUGCUUUACAACAGUGCACUGUGACAUACUGACGACACUUGAAGAAUGGACGGAACCAGAGAAGCCACGAGUGCUGGAAAAGACAGAACUCCAGACAACAACAGACACCACCAUCACCAUCCAGCUGCCCGUCCUGCAGAACCCUCCAGGAAUGCACUGGAUAUUGCUGAGGAAAUACAGCGGCGGCGGCGACGAACAUCACACAAGGAAGCAAGACACUGAGAAGAAAGCACUGGUAAUGGUUCGCACAGAAAGGGCGAAGGAAAGGAAGGAGGCGCAGGCAAGGAGGAGGAAUCGUCGUUCCGCUGAUCCAGGAGAAAACGAUCACUCGUUGCGAAUUGUGGCUAAGAUCGAGGUGGUGGAGGAAAAGGACCCCGAGGAGUUAGUGGUGGUGGGAGGCGACUGGCAUGGAGGGAAGGGUCUGGAAAGCGACACUGAGUAUAUUGUGUUCAUAGUGACGGAGACCAGGGCAGGUCCCUACAGUGAAUACUUCUCGUGCAAGCCAAGGAUUAUGAGGACAGCGAAACGGCCUAAAGAGCCCGCUUUUCUGGGGAUGACCGUGGGCCUGUGUUCUGCUGCGCUCUUCCUCAUUUGCUUCAUUGCAGCACUGGUGGUGAAACUUAAGAAAUCAAGGUCUCUUGUUGUGACACAGGAAGCAGCUUCCGGAAAAGAGUCGUUGUAACCCAGUCAACAAGGAAGGUAAGGCAUGAAGAGAGGAUCAUGCGGACCAUAACUAAGGCCAGCAUUCAGAGACCCUUUGUUCUCUCACCACAGCGACUGAGGUACUGUCAAAGAAGACUACGAUAUGUUAAGACAAGUAGAAUCUACCUGCCAGGUACUAUAUAAUGGUUUAGGGAAUAGACCUUCUGUAUUAGAUAGCUAGUAUACUCAAUAAUUUUGCUCUGUAUUGAUAUCUCUGUUUCCUUAUUCUUGAAAUAAUGAAUAAAAUGCUCAGCAAGCUAUAUUCUCUGUUGUCCGUCGUAGCAAACGAUGCUGUAGUGAUUCUUUGCUCGAUGGAUUCUGUUACUACGAAACCGAGUCUUUUGUAUUGAUUCGGGUCUGUACUGGUGAUGGGUAACAAUAAACCUGGUAACUGCCACGCCGUG